UAACCAAGCUAUCGAUUUUCUGUUCGGUGAAUCAGUUUAAUGAAAAACCAAAUCGAAAUGUACGCUAGGAAAUGAAGCAAAAUAACAGAGUAGUGAAUGGAUAACAAGUGCUAGUUUCUUCUGCUUCAGAUGAGUUAUUUUCGUUGUAAUAAGUAGCACAUAUUAUUUGGAAGAAAACAUGAUGUAGACCUAACGAGCCGGUCCUACUAUUCGUCGUCUAAAGAGCGAACGGACGUACAAUAUCUUUUUAUUAUUGAUUCAGCAGGCGUUUUACACCUAAAACUAUUUUCACAUAUUGUUGGUGUUUCGAGAUCAAUAGUGUCGAACCAUGAUGGUAUGAGCUUGACAGAUCGACUUGUUUCAAAAUGAAAACUAAACAUCAGCGGUUUUCCAACUGUGUAACUUUAUGGAAUAAUAUGUAAAGUCGCGUAUCUUCUUCAUAAAUACUGGUAUAUAACUCUUUCCACUACUGUUUGAUGCGGACCACCGGUCGAAGUGUGGUCACACGAACGCUGUCAAAAUUGGCUGUACAAUGGGGACAGGGAAUUCUGCGCGAAAGCAGUCUUUCGACGCAAAUGGCGAAGUUAACUUCGACCAUUUCCAAAUAUUAAGGGCAAUCGGAAAAGGAAGUUUUGGAAAGGUAUGCAUCGUGCAGAAGAAGGACACGAAGAAGAUGUUCGCCAUGAAGUACAUGAACAAAGCGAUGUGCAUCAAGCAGGACGCCAUCAUCAACGUGCUGAAGGAGGUGGACAUCAUGAGGAGUCUGGAGCACCCGUUCCUCGUCAACCUGUGGUACACGUUCCAGGACGAGGAGGACAUGUUCGUCGUCGUCGACCUGCUGCUGGGCGGGGACCUGCGCUACCACAUGCAGCAGGACCAGGUCUUCACCGAGCAGAACGUCAAGCUCUACAUCUGCGAAAUAGGACUGGCGCUCGACUAUCUCAGGAAUAAUCAUAUACUACACAGAGAUAUUAAACCAGACAAUAUAUUAUUGGACGAGGAAGGGCAUGUUCAUAUUACAGAUUUUAAUAUAGCAACGGAGUUGCCAAACGACUCACUAGCGACGUCUCUCUCUGGGACUAAACCUUACAUGGCUCCAGAGGUGUUUUGCACAGCUUUAGAGGAAUGCCGUGGGUACGAGUUUGCGAUUGACUGGUGGUCAUUAGGGGUUGUUGCCUAUGAGUUACUUAAAGGAAGAAGACCAUUUGAGAUCCACACGCAUAUGUCUCUAGUGGAAGUGAAGCAUCUGUUGUAUAACUAUAAGUUACACUAUCAUGGUGACAACGGCAUGCGUGAUCUAUUGCGGCAGCUCCUGGAGCUUGAUCCAAAACAGCGGUUGUCAUCUCUAGCUCACCUAAAGCACCACCCCUACUUGGCGGAUAGUCCCUUUGACAAGAUUCUCAGAAAGGAGAUCAAGCCAUCAUUCGUGCCUUCCAAAGACCACCUCAACUGUGAUCCAACAUAUGAACUAGAAGAAAUGAUUAUAGAAACAAAACCACUACACAAGAAGAAGAAAAGACUAGCGAAACAAAACUCCAAAAAGACCGAUUCCUCGACUCAGUGUUCAGUAGACGUUCCAGAGUUGGAUGAAGCUAACCUCUUCCUGAAAAGCAUGGGAAAGGAGUUCACAAAAUACAACAGAGAAAAAGAUCUCCUUGUGAAAAGUGAAAAGGACAAAAUAUAUACCCUGGUGACAGAGGCAGAUAAAGCUCUUCAACAUGAAAGUGAAAAAGAUACUGUAAACAACAUAGUGACUGAUACAGAAACUGCUAUAAACUUAAAACAUCAAAAUGCUAAAACUUAACUACCAGUGAAGAUCUGUUACGUACCACCAGUUCUUACAAAAAGCAGUUUUGAGAGCUUCCAUAUAUGAAGUAUUGUAAUGGGCUCCAACUCUGGGCCAGAAUGUGGCUCAGUGGUCAAGAAUUUGCUCGAGGCACGCUGGGUUAAACGAUCGAUUAUCUACCAUCAGUGGAUCAGUUAGGUUUUUGUCCAAAUCCAACGAGGACUCCACAACUGGUAUUUGCUAACCUGUUUAUGGGAGAAUGCAUACAAAAGAUCCCUUGCUGCUGUUUGGCAGUAAUUAUAGCCCAUGUGCCAGCAGCAGGUUUCUUCUCUGUAGACCAAGUGUUGAAAUAAUCAUUGGAGACACCAAACAGCCAUUAAUGUGCUGACAUGUUGUUAACCACAAUACUUUCUUUUCUUUUCCUAAAUCAAUCUCCAACUCCCAUCUCUACUCAUACCUGUUCAAGCCACUCUGUAUGGCUUUCUGUCAACUGGACCCCAUGCUUAAUAUAAAACUUAUAAAAAGUCUAUGAUUAAAGCUUUAAUAACUAAAGUUACUCCAAUACAAAUAGCUACAGUCUUCAGUUUGAUUCUUAAAUGUCUUAUAAGCAUGGAGCCACAUUGAGCGUCCAUUAGUAGGUACAUGGCAGGCAGUGAUUUCUCAGUGCCUGCUACUGCUUGUACCACUGAUUAUUAAAUCCCCUAUGGGUGCAACCGGAGGGGAUUAUAUGUUUCAUAUUUGUUCUUCUGUCUCUCCCAUAUAUAUAUAUAUAUAUAUAUAUAUAUAGUUCUCUGGACGUUUUUUCCAAUCUGUCUCAAGAUAUUGAGCUGAAAUUUUGUGUAUUGCUUUAUCAUGUAUUGUUGGAGAACAUAUUUGACUUUCAUGGUGAUUUACCAAUUUUUGACAGAGUUA